GACUUCUCGGCCCUGCAUGUGGCGUGGGGUCUGAUGCAUUGCCGAUCACUCGUCCGGAGACAUCAUCCCUUGUUCUUUUUUUUGCUUCCAGACGAGCAACACCGAUUGUUGCGCGAUCUGGACGGUUGUUUCUCUUGCUUGCGGCACAGUUUGUGUGUUAGAAGCGCUGAUGUUGGCAUCAUCCCGUCUCAGCAUCCGCCCGUCUUUCUGAGAUCUCGUUUUGGACCCCCAGUGUCUGUCGCAAUGAUCAGACGAACAUAUGGAGGAACGCUCGGUCAGCUCCGCGAAUAUAUUGCAAUCCCGGGGAGUUCCCUAGUGAGAUUGAGGGGAAGCGAGUUGGUGCCCGGGAGGUCAAUCCUGAGCUUCCAGUGACAUCCUCUCGCAGGCUCAACUUGAUGAGCUCUGAGCUCGAUAUCCACCUCAAUGCAGAUAUUGAGUCUCGUCUUGGUUGAGCCUAACUCCUUCAUCUCGUAUGUCGCAGAAUCGCGCAACGAUGGGAUGUUCGGACGCAAUAUCUCUUGGCUGGAGCACGAACUAUUCGUUGGAUGUCAAGUGUGCCCUUUCGAACGGUCCGAAAACCU